GCUAUAAUAAAUCAUCAUCAUCCCUCCUCCUCAUGCUCUAUUGUCCAACUUAGUCCUCCAUCACAUCUCUCCUCCCCUUUCCAUCCCACUCUCCCUCCGUCUGAUUAUAUCUACCAUCUGGCAGACGCACCUGGGACUUGCCAAAAUCCUCCUCACUUCUCACUUCGAUCCAUUUCCUAUACCCUGCAGCCUGAUCAGUGCCAUUCACACACUCCUUUGGGUUGCAUUGGUUAAGACUACUCCCUCCUCAUUUUCAACUCUUCCACCUACCAGACGAUACUCGUAUCCCUACAUCGCAUCCUCUUCAGCCACCUUCCAUACCCUGAACGAGACCUCAACUCUACUACCGCUGCUCUCCGUGAUUAGCUUUUCAAGUGCGCUAAUCACGCUCGCUCACUUCUACUACUAUCCACGAAUAAACUGCCACUAUUCUCAUCCAAAUAAUGGCUCCCGCUCAUCGCAGAGGACCUUGGGUUCCCGAGGAAGACCAGCUCCUCCUCCAACUGGUUCGCGAACAGGGCCCCAACAACUGGGUCCGCAUCUCACAGCACAUGCACUACCGGUCUCCCAAGCAAUGUCGGGAGCGCUUUCACCAAAACCUGAAGCCGUCUCUAAACCGUGAGCCCAUCUCCGCCGAGGAGGGGCUGAUGAUCGAGCGCAUGGUCAACGAGAUGGGAAAGCGCUGGGCCGAGAUCGCACGACGACUGGGUAACCGCAGCGAUAACGCCGUGAAGAACUGGUGGAACGGCAGCAUGAACCGCAAGAGGAGGGGUCUCCCGACUAGCCCUCACCAUUCCACCUCCCGCACCUACAACGGCCGCAUCGAAGCCCCUUAUACGCGGGCCUCGAUGGGAUUGAGCAGUCCGACCAGCCAGUCUCGUUUCUCGCCCAUCUCCCAUAGCCGUCCCUUCAGCUCGUGGAAGUCCCCCUCGCGUCGGGGCUCUUGCUCGACCGCCUCAGUCGACUGUCCCCCGCAGUUGACCCCGAUCUAUACCCUUCCCGCCCUCAACCGCCCCAUCGAGACCCCUCUGACCUCCCCUGCCUUCUCCGAAUCCUCGAACACCCUCUCCAUUGAGCCACCUUCCAUGAUCUCCGACCACAACUCCGUCUCCUCCGCGUCUCCCCGAACCGUCUCCUCCCCUCAGCUGCUGCCGCUCCCCGUCGACCCCCGUCAGCACUAUGGCGAAUUCCGCAAGCACACAGACGACCUAUACUACAGCGGGUAUCAAUUGCCGAAACCCCUGGAGCCUUGUUCCGAAUUUUCUCUGAAGCAGCGGUGGAUCGCGGAUCACCAAGCCUGGAACCGUCCUUCCUCCCCGUUAUCACAGCCUUGGCAUGCUCAUCCCGAGCCUGCGCGGCCUGAGUCGUCACGGGAUUCCCGGAUGGGUCUGGAUGCACUCUUGAAUUAACGGCGAUGGUUCCUAUCGCUUGAUGACCGUAUGACUUUCCUUGCCUGUGCUACUAUUUUUCUCUUGUUAUCUAUUGUUUUGUCUUCUUGUAUAUGUGAACCCGACCUAUGUCUGUCCUUAAUCUUUUUUCUCCUUUUCCUGUGACUCUCUUUUGUUCUACAUGGUGUACAUCUAACCGGCUUCUCUUUCCACGGCGGGUCUCGUGGAAAAUCUUGAUAAUCUUCUACUGGCGACUCGAGUCUGAAAGCCACUGGAUGAUUUCCCGAGAAAAAAAAGCAAAUGAAAAAGAGAAAAAAAAAUACUCUUGGGAAAAUUUUACCCUAAUCACUGAUUGUUUUAUUCUGGUUUCGAUGGGUAAUGUGACAUGGUGGAAAAGGAGUAUUGGCUGGGUUGUUUAUAGAAAGGAAACUGGGGAUUCGGACGCGGAGUGAUGGAUGGAUUACCACCACUGUACUGAUGUUUAAAUUCCGGAGAUUAUGUGCAAGUGACCCGAUUUGGCUGGGAUGGAUUUAAUAAUACCCUUUGAAGCAGCUCA